UUUGUGCAACAGAAAUUGGGUGGACCUCAGGGUAUGAACAUAGAUUGGCAAUCGGCACGGGGAAGUCCCGGUUCGUUCGUAGUGAAGCGAGUUAUGCGGUUGGAUAUACCUGUUGAUAGAUAUCCAAAUUUCAAUUUCAUGGGGAGGCUUUUAGGUCCUCGAGGCAAUUCCCUUAAGCGAGUUGAAGCUUCUACGGGCUGCCGUGUGUUUAUCAGAGGAAAGGGUUCCAUAAAAGAUACUGGCAGGGAGGAAAGCCUUAGGGGAAGACCAGGCUAUGAGCACCUAAAUGAGCAGCUGCACAUAUUGAUAGAGGCAGAAUUACCUGGCAAUGUUGCGGACUUAAGGCUGAAGCAAGCGAAGGAGAUCAUUGAAGAGCUGCUGAAACCUGUGGUAUUUAUUAGAUGCUCAUUCUUUGCAUUAUUUAUUUGUGCAGAUUUAGAAAUAAAAAUAAAUGAAGUUUGGACAUAUGGAAUCCAGUGUAUGAUGAAUACAUAUAUCAGAGUGAUAAGUAAUAGGGAAUACUUUAAAGGGUGAAACUGU